CCAUUUUGCAGGACCUAAGCCGCUUACUUUCGUGUCUCUGAACACUCCUCUUCUUCUUUACUAAUACUCUCGUGGUGCCUUGUAUUACUAUCUGCAUUCGCUGUUUUCUCUACGACCGCGUUCUUUGACAAUGCCUGUCUCUCACAUUGGUCUCACGGUCUCGCAUCUUCCGGCUUCAUCAUCGUUCUUUCUGUCUGCUCUCCAACCUCUCGGCUAUAGGUACAUUGGACAACAAGGCCAUCAAGUUGGCUUUGGGAUACGCGAAGCAGACUUCUUCUUGUGCCAGGAGACCCCUGGUAUCAAAGCCGGCGCAGCACACAUUGCAUUCACCGCCACAAGUCGCACAGCUGUUCGAGAGUUUUACUCUGCCGCCCUGAUAGCCGGAGGAAAACCCAACGGAUCGCCAGCAUGCCGAACUGAUGAUGACAGCCAUUUCAACGCUGCAGUGCUCGACUUCGAUGGGAACAGCAUCGAGGUUGUAUACAGCGGUAAACCGGAUUACAGAGACGAUGGGACAGUGAUCUCACACAGCAGGGUUAUCACAUGGGAGCGAACUGUCUCGCAGAGCAUGCGCGACGAUGCCAGCGUCAUUAGUUCACGCACAGCCAGGUCUGUUGCGAGAGCUCCAACUGAGGUGUCAAAAGCACCAUCAGCCGCCUCGAAAGCACCGAGUGUUGUCUCACAAGCACCGAGCGUGGCCAGGAGCAUUUCUGAGCCUGUUGCCGUUCCUCAGGCAGCCUCACCAGCUGCAAGCAGCAGCGGUGAUGCUGCCAAAACGCUCGUCGGAACCCUCCUCGGAGCAGCAGCUGGCGCAGCAGUCGCUUACGCCUUCGUGCGGAGCGAAAGGGACAGCGCAAAGAAAGAGGCAGACUUCAGCGCGUUCAUGGAAGCAAAGAACACGGUCAAGGCUGCUGUGGGCCACCUCGCUCAGGCCUCACCACCACCCCAGCCACCCAUGCAAGACCCACCGCCAACUUACGAACCAGCCCCCUCCGUGGCCCGAUCAGUCCCAUCAGUACACCGUAACGAUGACGCGGGGUCCGUUGUCUCUGCUUCACCGUCUCGAGCGUCGCAAGCACCCAGUGUCCGUGGCCAGAAACAGAUCGAGGCCGCGCCCGCCAGCUACUAUGCGCCCGCACCCUCACACGUAUCCUUGUCUCGAUCACAGACCGCAGAGCCUCUCCAGAUCGAGUAUGCACCUGCGCGCUCCGUUGCAGGGUCUGACAUGCGAUCGCGCUUUAGCGCUUCGCGCUCAAUGACAAGUCCUGAGAUGCGAACCAUCGAAGCGGCUAGAAGUGUGGCAUCGGUGUCCACCGCAAAACCUCAAAGCGUUGCUCCUUCAAGAGCUCCGAGCGUUGCCCACAGCACUGCGCCUAGCUCUUUGAUAUCAUCUUUUGUGCCUGACCAUGUGUCAAGAAAGCCUGAGGGUAGCGUUUACUCGCAUCACUCCAGCAGAUCUAAGGCCAAGUCGUCACAUACUCAUGCCUCAAAACACAGCUCGCACUCAAAGCAUACAAGUAGUCGCAGUAAAGUUGAGGACUCGUUUCCUUCUCCGCCACCACCAGCCUCGGAAGCUCCCUCGAAGAGGCCUUCGAAGGCAGCAUCCGUCAUCAGCAGUAUUCUAGGUCGUGAUAAGAAGUCCUCUGCAGACAGUGACUUUAUUGAUGACCUUGAAAUUGAAGAGCUCACAGAAGACGACUAUGAGACUGUCGUCCCUAGUGACAGUAUCAGUCAAGCCGGCUCAUCACGCCGCACUCACCGCCGCAAGCAUCGUAGCAGAACAGACGAGCUCAAGGUGGAGGCCGGCACCACUGUCAGCAAGUCCUCCAGACACAGUGAAUCCUCCAGGCACUCCCACCGCUCCCACCGCUCCCACAAGUCGCGCUCACAUCACGACGACUCCGACUCCGACCACUCCACCGAGUCGAGGAGGAAACACCGCAGCAGUCGCCCCACUGUCGUAUCUGAGCUCAGCGAUGCGAGUACGAUCAGGCCCGCUAAACCUUCCUCCUCCUCGAGAGACAAAGAGAGGCGAAAGGACUCGGUAACUGAGGGCAGCAAGUACGAUGACUUGUUCGAUCAGGUGCAAUAUGGAAGAGGCUCUGUACCUGUGAGGGGCAUUACGCCCAGUAUGAUCAAUGCUGCGACUAACAAUAAGAACAGAAGCGUCAUUAGCUUCGCGUUGGGACAGAAGAUGAAGGCGUUUGAGGGCCAGCAGUAGAAGGGGUGAUAGAUGUGAAU